CACGGAUUAAGAGCUUGGACCGUCCCUGUGAAGAAGCACAGCUGCAAAAUAUCAUUUGAAUGCAACAGAAAUAGUUCAAUCCGCUUUUGACUCCCCGCUGCCGAUAGAACGUCGUAGGCUCAGACGGGUUAAAGGAAACCAGACAGGCGCUGCUUUGGACAGCCCAUUUUGGGGCUUUCCCGUGCAUUGUGAACUGGUCUUAGAAAAGAGGUUUAUGGCUUGAGGCGUUAAACUUCAAGGCUUUGAGAGUUCCUGGUUUGGAUGGGCUGUCGGGCUCCGCCCCCUCAGUUUCAUUGGUUGCAUUGUUCCCUCGGGGGCGUGGGUGAGCCACGUAACCCUGCCCUCGGAUGUUUGGUUUCCGUUCAGUGUGGGAAUCGGUGGAAGGGAAGCGAAUGGCUUUGCCCUCAGUUCACAGGUGCCUCCAAUGUGCUGGUUCAAACAGAUGGGAUUAACCAGAAGGAACAUGAAAUAGUAAAGAAAAAUGCUCGGGUACUCCAGAUGUACAACAAUUUGCAGAAAAGGUACAAUAAAGAAGUAAAAAUAAACCAAGGACAAAGUGAAACAAUUGCAACACUUUCUGCUAAAAUUAAUGAACUGGAACAUCAGCUUCGGUUAGCAAAACAAAAAGUGAUGGCAUUGGAAAGCAAGAUUCCAGCAAAGAACAAAACAGUUCAGUUGAAAAGAAAAGUUUCAUCUCAUAAAUGCAUGUGUAAAAAGAAGGGGAGCUGUUCUUGCAAAUAUUUAGACCAGUUGCUUGUUGAGAUUCAGCGUCUGAAGAUGGAAAAUGAAACUAUAUCGAAAGAAAGAAGAAUGUUGAGAAAUGAAAUUGCUGCUUUAGACAAGGAUUUUUUUGAUGAAAUAGAAGAUUUAAAAUAUGCUCUUCAAGAAGCCAUAAAAAUGAAUACUCGGUAUGAAAGGUGUUUGAAACAACUAAGUUCAACUUAUGGAGUUACCCUUACAUCAACUUUGCCAGCUGCUAAACAUCGAGGAUCUCUAUAGAAACAGAAUUCAACCAAGAUUAUUAUUAAACUGAAAGUACUGUCGAAAAUUACUUAUUAGGAUAGCAUUAUGUUCAAUA